GGUGGUGACGCGGCGGCGGGGCGCGGGGAGGAUGGGGCUGUGAGGGCGGCCGCCGCGCCGGACACCCCGCGCCGCGCCGAGCGGGAGCAGCGGGCGACGCGCCGGGGCCGCCGGCCGCCACAGGCCCCGCCGCUGCCUUGCGAGUCGGAGGAGGCGGUAGUGAAAAAGAAAAUAUCAAGAUGAGUAAAAAGCCUCCAAAUCGUCCUGGAAUCACAUUUGAGAUUGGUGCUCGUUUGGAGGCACUGGACUAUUUACAAAAAUGGUAUCCAUCUCGUAUUGAGAAGAUAGAUUAUGAAGAGGGGAAGAUGUUGGUCCAUUUUGAACGUUGGAGUCAUCGCUACGACGAGUGGAUUUACUGGGACAGCAAUAGGUUGCGACCCUUGGAGCGACCAGCGUUAAGGAAAGAAGGGCUGAAAGAUGAUGAAGAAUUUGUCGAUUUUAAACCUGGGGAAGAAGUCCUAGCUCGUUGGACAGACUGUCGAUAUUACCCUGCAAAGAUUGAAGCAAUUAAUAAAGAGGGAACGUUCACAGUACAGUUCUAUGAUGGUGUUAUUCGAUGUCUUAAGAGGAUGCAUAUCAAAUCUAUGCCAGAGGAUGCAAAAGGGCAGGCGCGCGAGAGGGAGCAGAUAGCGCCGGAGCUGAGAUUAGUGACGGAAAUCGAACCAAAAGAAGAUUGGAUAGCUUUGGUCAAAGCUGCUGCUGCAGCAGCAGCCAAGAACAAAGCAGGAAGUAAACCUCGAACCAGUGCAAACAGCAAUAAGGAUAAAGAGGACAGAAAAUGGCUAAAAGUUCCUUCAAAAAAGGAAGAAACCUCAACCUCUACAAUCAUGCAGGAAGUCCAAAAAAAGGAAGAGGAGCCUACAUCUAGUGACACAUUUGUAGGAUUUCCUGUAGUGGAUGUUCCAAAGAUGGCCUUUGUGCAGGCAGAGAGCACGUUAUCACACAAGAGGAAAAGUAGUCUAGGCAACUCAUUUCAGGCAAAGAGAGCUCGUCUUAACAAGAUCACUGGUUUAUUGGCAUCCAAAGCUGUUGUUGCAGAUGGUGCUGAAAAAAAGGAAGGCAACAAAGAAACAGCUCCAGUCCUGGAGCAGGAGAUUUCACCUAAACCACAAAGUCAGAAAAAAAAUGAAGCUGAUAUUAGCAGUUCUGCCAACAUUCAGAAACCUGCACUGUUAUCCUCAACUUUGUCUUCAGGAAAGGCUCGCAGCAAGAAAUGCAAACAAGAAUCUGGAGAUUCUUCUGGGUGUAUAAAGCCCCCUAAAUCACCACUUUCCCCAGAAUUAAUACAAGUCGAGGAUUUGACGCUGGUCUCUCAGCUUCCUUCUUCUGUGAUAAAUAAAACUAGUCCAUCACAGCCAGUGAAUUCCCCUAGAUCCUACAAACAUAGCCAACGGAGAAGAAGAUCACAGCGUUUAGCCACUUGCUCCUUGCCUGAUGAUUCUGUAGAAAAAGUUUCUUCUCCCUCUUCAGUUACUGAUGGAAAAGUGUUCUCCAUCAGUGGUCAAAACCAACAGUCAUCAAAAUUGGAGGUACCUGAUGUUGCUCAUAUGUCACUUGAGAAGCGUGGACCAUGUCUCCCUCUUGAUUUAAGCCGUAGUUCGGAAGUUACAGCACCAUUAUCCACAGAAUCCACUUUCCGUAAUGAAUAUCCCAGUAAAGACAAGGAAGAUAUUCAGAUGAUUACUUAUCUUUCUUCCAAAGCAGUAACUGAUGGAAGAGUAGCUACAACAGCGUCAGCACCCUCGUCCCAUGUACAUGCCUUGCAUCUGGAAAUGCCUUUAACCAAUAGUCUAAAGUUACCCAAAGGGAAUAGUAAAAAAAAGAGGUCUUCCACAUCAGUGAGCUCUGAAGGGACAGAGAUACAGUGCUCUGUACCCAUAAAGGAGAAAUGUUUUGAGAGUCUGAAGGAGAAAAUAUUAAAGAACGUGAUUGAGAAGGACAAGCAUUCAGAAGUUGGUGCAGUGAGAGUGGAAAGAAAAGGAAAACUGGAAGAGAAAAGUUCUUCAACAUAUGGUAAAAAGAAAGAAAAGGAAAAGGAGAAAAAAGAGAAAAAGGAGAAGGAUCAUAAAUCAAAACAGAAAAAGAAGAAGAAAAAAAAGAAGAAAUCUAAACAGCAUGAUUAUUCAGAUUAUGAAGAUAGUUCUGUUGAAUUCUUGGACAGGUGCUCCUCUCCAUUAACACGGUCCUCGGGGAGCUCUCUGACUUUGCGCAGCAUGUUCUCAGAGAAGAAUACAUCAUACCAGUAUCCAAGAGCUAUCUUGUCUGUUGACCUUAGUGGAGAAAACCUUUCAGAUGUGGAGUUUUUGGAUGAUUCCUCUACGGAGAGUUUGUUACUUAGUGGUGAUGAAUACAAUCAGGACUUUGAUUCAACUAACUUUGAAGAGUCUCAGGAUGAAGAUGAUGCUCUCAAUGAGAUUGUUAGAUGCAUUUGUGAACUGGAUGAAGAAAAUGGCUUUAUGAUUCAGUGUGAAGAGUGCUUGUGUUGGCAGCACAGUGUAUGCAUGGGACUGUUGGAGGACAGCAUUCCAGAGCAGUACAUCUGUUAUAUCUGCAGAGAUCCACCAGGAGAAAAAGGUCAUUCACAAUGUCAGUAUUUUAAAGUGUAUUGGGAUAAUGGGCAGAAAGGAGAUAGACAGGGUAUUCUCCUGAAAGGUCAGAGGUGGAGUGCCAAAUAUCUUUAUGAUAAAGACUGGCUUAACAAUGGACACAUGUGUGGAUUAUCAUUUUUGAAAGAAAACUACUCUCAUCUUAAUGCCAAAAAGAUUGUGUCAACACAUCACCUACUGGCAGAUGUAUAUGGUGUAACUGAAAUAUUGCAUGGACUGCAGUUGAAGAUUGGGAUAUUAAAAAAUAAGCAUCACCCAGACCUUCAUCUCUGGGCUUAUUCAGGGAUGCGAAAGGAACAAGAACAAAUAACUGUUGGGGUAGAGAAAAAAUUAGUGACUUUGCCAGAUGCUGUUAAUCCAACUGAAAGGACAUGUCACAGUCAAAACCAUAAAGAGCCACCCAGUAUACCCCAGAAGAUGGAAGAAACGUACAUCACAAGUGAGCACAGUUACCAAAAACCACAGAGUUUUGGUCAAGACUGCAAAGCAGUCACUGACCCUAUGAGCUCAGAUGAUGAAGAUACAAGUAGUUUUGAGGAAGAUCAGGAAUUUCACACAGAGAAUAAAAACUGUUUACAAUAUUCUUUUAAAGAUGAUGGCAUGAAUGAGCAGAAGAAUUCUGCUGAAGGAAACACUGUGUUUGUUUGUAAUGAAAGAAAAGGCUCAGAAGAACAAGUGGACACACAUCUUCAAUGGCAGCUAAAUCUCCUUACCCAUAUAGAGAAUGUACAGAACGAAGUCACCAGCAGAAUGGACCUGAUUGAAAAAGAAGUUGAUGUUUUAGAAAGCUGGCUUGAUUUCACUGGAGAACUGGAACCACCAGAUCCUCUGGCAAGAUUGCCUCAGCUCAAGCGACGUAUCAAACAGCUCUUAGUUGACAUGGGAAAAGUACAGCAAAUAGCAACACUUUGCUCUGUAUGACAAAAGGAAGAAUAAAUAAAUACAAAUAGAUUCUUCACAGUGAAUUUUCUUACUAGCCACAAGACUGACAGGAAGACAGCAAAAAACUGAGCAUUUAUCUGGUUCUUUGCUGAUUACAUUAAUAGCCUGAAGCUUUAGAGAGAGGAGAGGAAAUUUAGAGUAAGGAAUCUGGUAUAUUGAAAAUCUGAAUAUUCAAUGUCCAGGCUUCAAAAUGUAAUAUAUUACAUACUCAGAAAUGUUGAUAUGAUUUUAACAUGAUAAACAAGAAAAUGCCCGCAUACAAGAAAGUUGAACAAACAAAAACUCUGCGAAGAACAAUGCUACUAUCUUGAAACCUUUGGCAAAAAAUUAUUAAUUUGCAGAAUUCAGCUGACUAAAAAUUCUUGGGAACUGCUUUUUUAAUGAAUUCCUCUUAUCUUGCUAGUGAAAGAUAGACACAGAGAGAUAUGUAUCCUCUCUACAAGGAAAGUUUUUAGAUUAUUUCCUUCUCUCGUGAAUGUUCAGGAAAACGUACAUACUAGCUUUGAUUUUUUUGAAAGAAAUUACUUAUCAUGGUCUCCUUUUUAAAAUAUUUUUUUAAAUAGAAAUCCUUAUUACAGCACCCUUAGGCUCCUUGUAAAAUAUAAGUGGCAAAUAGUGGUCAGAUGUGCCAAACAAUAUUAAAACCACUGGGAUAAGAAUUUAAUUAUGACUUACAUGAAGGCUUUUCCAAAGUCCUACUUGGUGCCAGCAAUCCAUCCAAAAUUGUGUCUAGUUUAUUUUUUUUUUAUGUUCUAUUGCAGUAUUCAGGAUUUAAGGUACAAUUUUUGUCCUGGGUAGCUCUGUUCUGGUGUUGGCCCUCUGAAACUUUACCAUCCUCAGCUGGGAUGAGGAAUGACAAGAGCAGCAAAACCAGUCUGUGGCUUUGAAUAUACUAAACCACUAGAAUAAAUAUCACAAGAUAGAUUAUCCAAGAUGUUUUUAUAAAAUCUUUCAGCUUCAGUGAAUGAAAUGUCCUGAAACCAAAGGCAACCUACUUGCUCUGUUAGCUCUUGCUGGAUUUUGAGCCCAGGACUUUCCCUGUGCUUAUAAGUUGCCGUUGUACCCAGUGCUACAUACAUAUUUGUAUGUGUAUGUAUAUGUGUAUAGAUACACAUGUACAUAUAUACAUACUAUAUACAUUUAUAUCUACACAUGUCUAGUUUUAUUACAAUAGACUUUAAGAACUGGUGGUUAACAUGAAAUGUUACCUUUUAACAAGCAGUUUCUAAAAUUGAAAAUAAUGUAUGUACAGGUUUUGAAAUUUGUAAAAUAUGACUGUUAAAAGGAGGCUAUUUAACUGAUGACAUUAAGAUACUUGAACAUUUUAUGCCUCACGUCUGUUUAUCAGUUCUAGUUAUCUGUAUAAAUGCAUUUUAGAACCGAUAGACAGUAAACUUGAAUUUACCUUUUGAUAAGAGUACAAGCCACUGUACAUUCAAAAAUUAUUUAAAUUUGCAAACACACUGUUCUAUAUGUAAGGUACUGUAUGUAAAACUGUUUAUUAAAACUAUUCUGCAUACUCUACAUUUUCCACUUUUCUUCCUGAUCUACAUACAAAUGUAAAAAAGAAGUGAUUGUUAUAAUGUACAGACCAUCAAAAAUCAAAAAAUCCUGGAAUGCCUUUUGAGGAUGCAUAAAAUUUAAAAGUGUGCCAAAGAUGGAUUAUCUGGGAAAGACUUUGCAACAGUGCAUUGAACUUUCAUGGUAAAACCAUUAUUGAGAAAGAAAGCAGCAUGGCUGGUUCAUUGCUAAAAUAAACCUACCCUGACAUUUCCCAUCUGUCUAUCAUAUCUGAAAUUAUCACUCUUGAUGUCCAAAGCAAACUGUAAACCCCUGUUACAGAGUGGUUGCUAUUUAAAAAGUCUUGCCACAUCAAGCUUAUAGGAGACAUUACAGAGCUGCAUGGUAACAUGGAAGUUAAUUAUGGAAUCAUGAUUGGCAACUUCAUAAUGCAGAAAGAAUACAAGAGCUGAGGAGUUGUUGACAUUUUUAUAGCAACUGUUAAUAAAUAAAAUACUCUGUGUUAUAUAGUUGGAUGCUUAAAUAACUGCUUCAAACAAUAUGAAUAGUUGAGUGACCUACUUGCUUUUGGAUAUGUGAGACUUUUUUAUAUAUUAUUCACUUGCUGCAUAUCCUUGAAUGUGGUACUGUGUGUACUGUAUAAGAGAAGUGUAAAUCCGGAUGAAUUACUUUGAAACAAAGUGGAGUGUAUUUACAUAAUUUAUACAGCAUACACUGUAGCAAUAUUAUGCAAUGUGUGUGCAUGUGUGUGAUGUAAUAUAAUUGUAAAUGUUGCUGAAGGUUAGAUGGACCGAGAGAUUCCAGGUGGGAGGACGGAGGUUUCAUUUUUACAGAGAUGGAGGAAUGGUAUCCUGAAAAGGAAAUCGUAAGGUCAAAGUUAAGGUUGCCCUUGCAGCUUUAACUUGUCUUCUGUUUGUAUAUGUUAUGGUCUCUAAAUUUACAUGAGUAUGUAAUUUUAUCCCUCAGGAUCCUGCCUUAUUCAGGAUGGGCUGUGCUUACAAAAACAAAUCAUCUGUUUGUUAUUUUUUUAUCUUCAUUUCUUGUGUAGUCAUGUAUUAUUCCUGCAAGCUUUCAUAUCUUCUAAGAAAUACAAUCUCAGUGUCCUUAUGGACAGUGCUAUGAUGCAUUGUGUAUUGCUUGAAUGCUUCACAAACUUGUCUGAGUUUGCUUUCUCGAAGUGUGAUGUUAGUCUGUAACGUGCACAUUAGUUUUGGCCCCAGUUUCUCAAGUAUUCAAAGGUUUGGGAUGCUUUUGGAAGUUUUUCUUUAAACACAAGUCAAGUGCCAUGAAGACGCUAAGUGUUUUGCACAGAAUGUAACCUACAGUUGAUUGCUUUGCUCGUGUGCCAGUCAAACCCGAUGUGAUCUGGCUCAUACCAGUAUUUCUUCUAGUUGGCCUUAUCGAGAGAUUCUUUUUCCUGUAGGCAUCGUUUUCCAUCUGUCUUCCUACUUCCUCUGUAAAUAAGCCAGGGAUCUACAUGCAGUCUAUUUGCAGCAUCAUUUAUUGGGGUGUGAAUUGCAAUUGCUUGUGCUGUAUGAUGAUGGAGGCAGACCCUCUCUGAGGAAGAAAUAGUAUAUGGCAAUGUAAGGACUUCUUUUUGAAGUAAAAUUUUUAAAUUUGCAGCCUUCUUUUAACUUAAUAUAAGUUUUCAAUAGUAAUAAACAAAAGGGAAAUGCUGUUUCACAGGGCUAAAUGGCAAACUUGCGGUGCCUUUAAAUGCCCAGCUUUUUGUCUGAGGGUUGUUUUUUUUCAUGGAGGUAUCAGGGUGAUUCAUUUCAAGGCCUCCUCCUUCCUGUGACAAUACUGUAGGCAUCUACAUCAGGAAUUCUGCAUUUUCAGUUGCAGUGAUGGCAGUAGGACAUCAGUAUUGCACUCAUAAAUGAAAUGUAGUCUUGGUGACAUGAUCAGAUACCACAUGAUGGGGCUGCCUAUGUUCCAGUUACAGAGUGGAGGUACUUUAAGUCAUGUGGCAGGGAAUGGGUUGGAAGGUGCUUCCAGCUAACCCUGUUCUUGGGUAGCUGUAGGUUGAGUAGUGCCCAUAUUUUGGGUAUUCUGGCCUUAGAUGCGUAGAUCUUUGUUCAACUAUGGAGUAAUUUACAGUGGUAGAAGCCUGUUGUUCUCUUUAAAAUAGUCGAAGAAGAUGGGUUGCAAUUUUCUGAUGGAUUUCACGUACUUGCUUGGUGGCAAAGAAUUGAAACUGUUCUUCCAUGGGUGCAGUCCUCUUGUAUGGCUGACAUGCACCUGUCUCUCAAUUUUGUCUCUGAGUUUCUACAUGUGCUCCUCAUCUGUUCUGGAGCUUGCAUCUGUUUCUCCUUUUGUUCUUCAGCUUUCUGCACUCUGGCUUCUUCCGUGAUGCCCAGAGGGUUUCACUCCUUGUUCUCGUGCCCAGUUCUUUCUGGCUGCUGUGGGAAGCAGUCGUAGGGAGAGGUCUCUGCUCUUCUGUCCUCCGCCUCCAGUGUGUCCUAUGAGCUGUGCACGGUUGGAGUGUGUGUACCACGAUCAAAGUGUUCAGAUGUUUUUGCUGUCUGCCUUUAGUGAGCCUCUUCUGAUCUUGGGCAAGUGGUGAUCUGCCUCUACUCCCAUCUGGCUUCUAACUUAACUAGACUUGAACGCGUAUUACAGUAAAACCUCCCUGGCACUGUUGGGUCCCAGCACUCCUUACCAAACUGAAGGUUGGGAUGUAAAGGAGUCACUUGAAGAUCACAAUAAAAUUAUAAAAGUAUUUUGAUGCUUGCAAACCAGAAUAUUGUCCCUUUGUAUUUGAAGGGAAACUGCAACUAUUUUUCUUCACUGAAACUUUAAAAUUUAGACACAAAAGAGAUCCUGAACUGAACUGGAGCUUGAUGUAAAAAUCAACAACAAAAGUAGGGGGUGGGAAGCAGUCUGCAAACAGGGGCUUCAUAACAAGAAGUGUGCAGUCAGGCCAUCUUGGCUACUUUGCCCCGUUAGUAGUUAUAUGGAGGUGCUGACGUGUAAAGGGGGUGCAUGCAAUGAUGCCAUUCAUUUGCAAACAGGACCCAUCUUUGCCAUGUCAGUUUAGAACACUGGAACCGUAGGUUUUCUCUCUACUGCUUAGAAAUGUUACAGUACAUGCACCUUAAUUUUGGAGGGCUUUAUUAAGGUCAGAGGCUUAAUCACUUUUGAAAUGCCUAUUGCUAUUCUCACAUUUUAUUAGCUGACACUUUUUGUUUCUGUUGUACUGAGUCCAUAUGGCUCUAGGUGAUCGUUUUACAGAGGAUGUUUGAAAUACUUCAGUAAUGGUUUUUAUUAUACUCUGUUAUGUCCUGGGCACUGGGUGUGGGGGUCUGUCUUUAGCAAUAAGUAUUAUACACUAUGUGUAUAUCUGUUUAUAUAUGGAAAACAAAUAUGGAGCAUGUAAUGAUGGUGAAAAUACACUGCACAGAGAGCAGAUUGUGCAUUUGGCAGCCAUUCUGCACCAGCCUGAACAACUCAAAUAAAAAAUUGGAGUCCACAUGGAGAAAAUGAACUAGCGUGAAAAAUCAUUCAGGAGUGAAUUUCCCUUUCCAUACACACUAGGCCUGUGUGUAAGCGCUACAUGAGCCAGCCUCAUUCUAUGGAUUGAAUAACUAAAGCUAGUUCAAUUGCUGUUUAUUUCAAACAGCAGCCUUCCUUUCUUUAAAACUGGCCAGAGCCACCUCCGUUCAGCUGUAGCCAUGUGUGUCAGUGUAUUGUCACUAAACACUCUGAGAGAGGCAGCAGUGCACUAUUAUUAAAUCUUCUAUGAAAGAAGCAAAAUACUUUCUUCUGUGAUUUGUUUUUUAUAAUAGCAAUAAUGUUGACUGCAUUCUAAUACUCACAAUAAAGGUCUGUUGAGAUUGUUA